AUGGGCGUGGCACUCACAAGAUCUGCACAGUGGACUGCUGCGGGUUAUGGCACUGGAACCCUGGAGAUUACCCCCCUGAAUGAGGAGAUAUUGAAAGAAAUUAUUGUGUUUGUGGAGCAUUUUACUUAUAAAUAUCCCCAAGAGGCAAAAUUUGUUUUUGUAGAACCACUUGAAUGGAAUACAGAUUUGAAGCCCUCAGCAUUUCAAUCAGGUUAUUUUUUCAGUGAAACAACAGUUGAAUCACAAGAAGUGGAUAAGAAUGGACAGCCUUUGCUGUUUCUCUCUGUACCAAAAAUUAAAGUUAGGAGCUUUGGGCAACUGGCAUGCCUGUUAUUCAUUGCCAAAGACACAAAGCUGAAGGAAGCACAAGCAUGUAUUGAAGGUAACAGAGACCCAGUAGUAAAAAUCUUGGGCUCCGAAUUUGGUGAAAUGAAAGAAGACUCCAUUGCCUUAAAUAUCCUUAAUAAAAUUAAAGCAGAUGAUGACCAUGAAAAUGAGAUUAAGAUGAAGAUUGCCAUAUUGCUUAAGGAACUAGAUCUGCACCUUCUCAAUCAUACCCUAAAAUAUAUUUCACUGCAAAUAAGUCUAAAUCCAGUGACUGUUAAGAAGGAUAUAGAGCUGCUCCAAAGUUUUUCAGGAAAAGGRGAAAAAACAGUCUUGGAAUCUAUUGAGUAUACCUCAGAUUAUGAAUUUUCAAAUGGAUGUCGAGCCCCGCCUUGGCGACAGAUUCAUGGGGAGAUGUGUUAUGUGCUGGUAAAACCCCACGAUGUUGAAGUUUUGUGCAUUACUUGCAGCACAGAAGGAGUGUUUUUAAAUGGUGGCAAAACAGAUGAUGAGGGGGACAUUGAUUAUGAAAGAAAAAGUGAAGUUUAUAAAGACCUUGUCACACUUUUAAAAGAAAAGUCAGCAAUAUUUUCAGAAAAUAUGUCAAAACAGGAAUUUACAUUCAAUGAAAAACAAAAAAAUCCUAUUGAGGAAAAACAGAUCAAGGAAAAAGAAGCUGUCUCUGGCAAAGUUAUCACUAGUUCAGACAGACCAAAGAAGAAUGAAAUCAGUUUUGUGAAGACUCAUAUGGCCAAGAGAUUGGAGCCAAGCUUAAAUUGGAGAACCAAAGUUGAUUUUAAAAUACAUAAAAGUUCAGCAAAAGACAGCCAAGAGGAAAAACAUGGAAGACUUGAAAAGACAAGACCAUCUCUUUCACAUGGAAAAGUACAGCUUCAUAAGACUGUCGAUAAGAUUGAAGAAACUAUUAGUGAGAGCUCCUCGGAAAGUGAAGAAGAUGAAGGACAACCUGAUCAUCGUCAGGAAGCAAAUGCAGAUUUGCCUUCGGAAUAUUGGCAAAUUCAGAAGCUGGUGAAAUAUUUAAAGGGAGGAAAUCAGACUGCAACAGUGAUUGCUUUGUGUUCAAUGAAGGAUUUCAAUUUAGCUCAAGAGACCUGUCAACUGGCGAUCAGAGAUGUUGGAGGCCUUGAAGUUUUAAUAAAUUUGCUUGAUACAGAUGAAGUCAAAUGUAAGAUUGGUUCAUUAAAAAUCCUGAAGGAAAUCAGUCAUAAUCCUCAAAUCAGACGUAAUAUUGUUGACCUUGGUGGCUUACCAAUUAUGGUUAGUAUACUUGAUUCUUCAUAUAAGAGUCUGAAGUGUUUGGCAGCUGAGACCAUUGCAAACGUUGCCAAGUUUAAGAGAGCCCGGCGGGCUGUGAGACAGCAUGGCGGUAUCAACAAGCUGGUUGCUUUACUAGACUGUGCCCAGAAUUCAACAGAACCAGCUCAGUCAAGUCUGUAUGAAACCAGAGAUGUGGAAGUGGCUCGCUGUGGGGCUUUGGCACUGUGGAGCUGCAGUAAGAGUCAUUCAAAUAAAGAAGCCAUUCGUAAAGCAGGGGGCAUCCCUUUAUUGGCUCAGUUACUGAAGACCUCUCAUGAAAAUAUGUUAAUUCCGGUAGUGGGGACACUGCAAGAAUGUGCAUCAGAGGAAAACUACCGAGCUGCAAUCAAAGCUGAAAAGAUCAUUGAAAACCUAGUGAAGAAUCUAAAUAGUGAGAAUGAGCAAUUGCAGGAGCACUGUGCCAUGGCCAUUUACCAGUGUGCUGAAGAUGAAGAAACCCGUGACCUGGUGAGGCUCCAUGGAGGACUUAAACCGCUGGCCAAUCUACUCAAUAACACUAAGAAUAAAGAGUUAUUGGCUGCUGUCACAGGGGCCAUAUGGAAAUGCUCCAUCAGCAAAGAGAAUGUGAUCAAGUUUCGGGAAUACAAAGCCAUUGAAACUUUGGUGGGACUUUUAACUGAUCAACCCGAAGAAGUACUUGUGAAUGUGGUCGGGGCCUUGGGAGAAUGCUGCCAAGAACAUGAAAACCGAGUCAUUGUCCGGAGAUGUGGUGGCAUUCAACCGCUGGUGAACCUCCUCGUUGGAAUAAACCAGGCUCUUCUUGUGAAUGUCACAAAGGCAGUUGGUGCUUGUGCSGUAGAGCCCGAGAGUAUGGCAAUAAUUGAUCGCUUAGAUGGAGUUCGUUUGUUGUGGUCCCUGCUGAAAAAUCCGCACCCAGACGUGAAGGCCAGUGCAGCGUGGGCCCUCUGUCCAUGCAUUGAAAAUGCAAAGGAUGCUGGAGAAAUGGUUCGUUCCUUUGUUGGUGGUUUGGAACUUAUUGUCAAUUUACUGAAAUCAGAUAACAAAGAAGUUUUGGUGAGCAUAUGUGCUGCUAUUACCAAUAUAGCAAAAGAUCAAGAAAACUUAGCUGUUAUUACAGAUCAUGGGGUUGUUCCUUUAUUAUCCAAGCUGGCAAAUACAAAUAAUGAUAAAUUGAGGCGUCAUCUGGCAGAGGCUGUCUCGCGUUGCUGUAUGUGGGGCAGAAACAGAGUGGCCUUUGGCGAGCACAGAGCAGUGGCUCCUUUGGUGCGCUACCUGAAAUCGAAUGACACCAAUGUGCACUGAGCAACAGCUCAGGCCUUGUACCAACUCUCAGAAGAUGCAGAUAACUGCAUCACCAUGCAUGAGAAUGGCGCAGUAAAGCUGCUACUGGAUAUGGUUGGGUCCCCUGAUCAGGAACUCCAGGAAGCUGCAGCAGGUUGUAUAUCCAACAUCCGCAGGUUGGCUCUUGCUACAGAAAAGGCAAGGUACUCUUGA